AUGCAUGCUAUACACGUGACCGAGAGCGGCUCAGGCCCAAACGGUUUCAGAUUCAGGCGCAUAUCGGCGCUGCGAGCGUCUUUGGAUUUCCAUGCCGCAGAAGAUGAGGAACCUUCGGCAGCAGAGGUAAUGUAUUCACUCGGUGCUGAAGUUGCUGACGAUUGCGCGGAGACGCCAGAUGUUGCAGAUGAAGAAGAAGAAGGAGGCGAGGAGGAGGAAAAGCUUGAGCCGAGCGACAUUUCGGAGGAGAACGACGAAGCGCCGCUCAUGAGGCGGCCGGCAGCCGCCCCCAAGCGGCCCGCAGCCGCCGACGAGGACGGCGAGUACCAGGAGAUGGAGGAGGAGGAGAACACCGAGGGCGAGGAGGAGGACUACGCGGUGCUGAAGCGGCCCGCUGGUAAUAUGAAGCGCCCUGCGGCUGCAGAUCUCAGGGAGUCAGCGAAAGUGCGCAAGGUGCAGCAGAUCUGGGGCACCCUCCCGCGGGACAUCCAGGAAAUAUGGCGCGAUGCGCACAGGCAUCCAGACGGAAAGCGAUCGCGAGAGACGGCCAUAGUGAACAACAUGUUCAAAACAGUAAACAACAAAUUGGUGUUGAACACUGAUAGUCCUUUCUUCGAGCGCGAACUGAAGGUUAAGAAAAGCAAGACGGGCACCGACGCGCACGAAGGAGUUCACAGAACUAUCUUCGCCGAGACUUUCAAAGAUGGCGACGCGGGCGUUCAGCAGGCGAUGGGUUGUGGCGCCGUCAAGGAGUGGAAGGUGGAUGGGCAACCAUACUGCGCGAUUCGCAAGGUGACAGUCGAGAGCAAACAGGCUUUAGAGCACGCGAAAUGCUUGUCUACGAGUGGGCCAGCGACGAAAGAGCAGGCAGCUGCCAUCGAGAAGGCUGCCCGUGAGAUGUCCUUCGGUUUCAGCCUCGAGACGGGCGGCGCCUUGAGCCUGGCCGACGGCAUGGCGUCUUCAUCCUCUGGUGAGGUUACUCAGACGACGAUCGACAAGCUCAGCCAGGCGCUGGUCAUCGUGUAG